ACACGCCUUCAACCAUGAGCAAUCGCACCGUGUCUUCGGUCGAUCGCGGAGCCUGAUCAGCAGAUGUAUCCGUACGUGCUUUCGACAACAAACCAUAUUCAUCAAUCCCUUUUCAGUCCGUCCCCACGCGUCGCGAAUGGUCCAUAUUUGCUACUACACGAUGCAUGGUUUCCAUUCAUGCUUCAUAAGCAAAUAGUGACAUCGCGAAUGACCAUUCACUUAUACAAAAGUAUUUAUGGGAUGCCCAAGAGCCAUCUGCUUCUUGUUGCAGAACUUUUUCGUAUACAAGUGCUCAAUUACAUUUUACACGAUGACGGUAAACAAAGCAAAAGUCACUGAACGUGGUUCAAAAAGCAGUCCUCUCGUUCUCAUGGUGGCCUUUCCCGGAGAAGGUCAUACCAAUCCCCUCCUUGUCAUUGCAACAUACCUCGUUAAGAAGGAUUACGAAGUUGUGUUUGUUACAACUGAGAACUUCCGAAACAAAGUCAAAGAGGCGGGCGCCGAAUGGAUUCACACCGACAACCCCAUGACCAACAAAACCUUUCAAGCCCUCCGGAAAGCAGUUGCUUUGCCAAUUGGUCCCGAGCGGUUCGCUGCGCAGAUCAAAGCUGUUUUCUUGGAGACACUUCCUUCGCGAACGCUAAAGAUGGAAGAGGUUCUUUCCCAGCUACAAGCACGGAAUCCAGACCGUCAGAUCAUUGUUGUCGAGGACGUUUUCAACUGGUCACUCUUUCCCUUCAGACAUGGUCGUCCUCUUCCUCAAGGCUUCAACGCGGCGCCCGAGUCUAUCGGCAUUGGUGUUGCAGCUUUCAUGAUGGAAAGUCAAGACACGGGACCAGUCUCACUUGGCCUACCCGCUGACGCCACUGACUCGGGCCGUCAGCGGAAUGCGGUUCUCCAACAGUUGGUCGAGCGAGGCCCAAUGAAACCUAUGAUCGAUGCGUGGCAGCAGGCCAUGAAGGACACUGGGUGUACGACCAUCCUAGAGACAAACAUUUUCCGUUCGUGCUACACGGCGCAUGACUUUACAUUGCAACUUUGCUCUCCCAGCCUUGAAUACAACAUUUCGGACUUGCCACCAUCUGUGGAAUUCGCAGGUGUCUUGCCUCGAAAGUCCGCUGCUCCAAGCUUCCAGCAUCCUCCAUGGUGGCCAGAGGUCGAGAGAGCUCAGAAAGACAACCAAUACCGGCAUGUGGUCUUCGUCUCCCAAGGAACUGUCAACAUGGAUUACUCAGAACUCGUUCUUCCAACAAUCGAAGCCUUCUCGAAAACUAAAGAUAUCCUCGUUGUUGCAACCUUGGGGGGCCGUGGCGCUCACCUCCCGCAAGACUUUGCUGUUCCCUCGAACGCUAGAGUCGUGGACUACAUGCCUUACGAUAUUAUGCUUGAGUACACAGAUGUAUUCGUCUCCAACGGGGGAUAUGGUGCUUUGACACAUGCUGUGAGAAAUGGCGUUCCCAUUGUCCUAGCAGGAGAAAGCGAGGAGAAGAUUGAAGUUACUAUGCGGGCAGUCUACGCUGGCCUUGGCGUCAGUCUUUCGACACAACGGCCAUCGACAGAUCAAAUCAGACUUGGGGUUGACCGAAUCUUCCAAGAUACCAAGUUCAAAAAGGCAGCAAUGAAGCUGAAACAUGAGAAUGAUGGCAUGGAUGCAUUAGCAGCGGUAGAAAGAAAGAUUCGGGCAAUCACAUUGUGAGGCCCGAAGGAGUCAACAACUGUAUUACAUGACUUUCUGAGCUUUACAAGCAGAACAUAGAUCCCCCUCCACUCGAUACCAUCUAUUAUACUAUGCGCAAGCUCGUUCUCCUUCAUAUAACAGCAAUUAUUAUGCCUCAUAUCAUGUCAACUUGAUCAUCAGCCGUAUCGUUUUCAGUUUCUGGUACGCUAUAUCUCAACACUGUCUACUAGACUUAACGUGCCGUUUGCCUAGUUGCGUCACUGAACCUUUUCGAAAUUCAAUCUUCUCUGGCCUUUGCGUUCACGCCAGCUUGUCUUUUUUUUUUUUUUUUUUAAAAUCUCUUAUGAUUGUUUUUGGG